GUUUAUGUGCAUCCUCUGUGAAUUUUAUCUUUUUAUGGUGGAAUUUUAUAAUUUUUCAAAAUUGUGACACUUGAAAUCUUUAGAAUACUUGGAAAUGCCCAAGAGAAUUCCUCUCAGCUCUUAUGAAUUUAUGUUUAAAUCUGAUUACAAUUCAAAUCCCUAAUAAAAUGAAACUCCUACCCCACCAAAAGAAAAAUGAAACUCCUAAAUUGUGGGGAUAUGAGAUAAGGAUAUUAUUUAUAAUAACUAACACUCCUCAAGCUGGUGGAUAUAUGUCAUAUGCAUCAAGCUUGUUAUAUAUGUAAGUUAUUCUUGGAGCUCAAAGAGAUUUGGUGAAGAUGUAUGCUAUUUGAUCAUUGGAGUUCACAAAUUCAAUAGCGAUGUCCCUAGAAAGAAUCUUCUUACAUAUAAGAUGGCUACCAACCUCCAUGUGUCUGGUUCCCUCAUGGAAGAUUGGAUUAGAGGCAAUGUGCAAUAUAGCUUAGUUAUAACAAAUAAGUUUUAUAGGACUUGUCUUACAAAACCUAAGUUUUAAAGUAAUUGUUUUAACCAUAUAAGUUCACUAGUUGAAAGAGAUACUUUGCUUCUGUGCUUGGCCUCGCAACUAAAUAAUGGUACUUGUUUUUCCAUGAGAUGAGGUUGCCCCCAAUAAGGAGUCAAUACCCAGAAGUUGAUUUUCUGUCACAAGGAGAACUUACGCAAUCUACAUCUGCAUACUCAACAAUAUCUGCAUGUCCUCUAUUUUCAUAAAUCAAUCCCUUUCUUGGAGAGCUCUUGAUCUAUCUCAACAUCUGAAUUACUGUAUCCCAGUGGCUAUCACAUGGAGAGUUAAGGAAUUGACACACACCAACCUGGUCAUGUAUUAUCUGAAGACUGGAACUUGCAAAUUUGGAGCCACAUGCAGGUUUCAUCAUCCUAGAGACAAGGCUGGGAUUGCUGGAAGAGUUGCCUUAAAUAUUUUAGGCUAUCCACUCCGCCAAAAUGAGCCUGAAUGCGCUUAUUAUUUAAGAACUGGACAAUGCAAAUUUGGUAACACUUGCAAAUUCCACCAUCCUCAACCAAGUAACAUGGUGCUUUCAAUGCGGGGUUCGCCUGUUUAUCCUACCAUACAUUCUCCAACUACACCCGGUCAGCAGUCAUAUGCGGCAGGAAUUACAAAUUGGUCUAGUUCUUCCUAUAUUCCUAGUCCACGCUGGCAAGGCCCUUCAAGUUAUGCACCUUUAAUUCUACCUCAGGGAGUGGUUUCAGUCCCUGGAUGGAGUACAUACGAUGGUCAAAUGGGAUCAGACAGUUCACAGCAAGUAGCAGGAAGUGGUCAAACCUAUGGAACUUCUCGCCAAGGUGAACCAACAAAUGCAGGAUCCCAAGGGGCAUAUUCUCAAUUCCGUUCUGACUCUGUUCCUGUAGGAUUCUAUGCAUUGCAGAGGGAGAACAUAUUUCCUGAGAGACCUGAUCAACCUGAAUGCCAAUUCUACAUGAAGACUGGAGAUUGUAAGUUUGGUGCAGUCUGUCGUUUCCAUCAUCCACGUGAGAGGCUGAUUCCUGCUCCUGACUGUGUUUUGAGUCCCAUAGGCCUUCCUUUACGUCAUGGAGAGCCUUUGUGUGUCUUUUAUUCACGUUAUGGCAUAUGCAAAUUUGGCCCAAGUUGCAAGUUUGAUCACCCAAUGGGAAUCUUCACCUAUAAUAUAUCUGUAUCACCUUCAGCUGAUGACCCAGGACGGCGUCUGUUGGGUUCUUCAUCGGGAACUGCUGCAUUAAAUUUAUCAUCAGAAGGACUUGUUGAGACAUCCUCAGCGAAGCCAAGGAGGCUUUCAUUAUCAGAGACUAGACAGAUUCCUUCUGGUGAUGAUAACAUUGAUGAUGAGGGAUAAUGAUAUCUCUUGGAAAGGGUCAUCUUCUUUUUACAAUUUUUUUUAAAGGGAGAAAAGGGCAAUCUGUAAAUUGAUUUUCCCAUUGCUGGAGAUGUGCAGACACUACAGAGUUCAUGUCAAUUUGAUUGAGUCAACCUGCUAUUGAAUGCAGUUGACAGAUUCAGUUGGUCUGGAUUUUCAUGCUGCCAAAUUGUAUAAAUUUCACAAAUAUUUGUCACAUUUGGUCAAAAUCCAAUGUGAACGUUUCUUUUUCAGUCCUUAAGCCAGUCACUCUAUUUAAAGUUUUCCCAAUAUGUAAAAUAUAUCUUUCUGGAAAUUUAUAAUGAUCAAUAUUUGGCUCCUGUGUGAAUCUUUGUUUGGUGCAGGUUUGAAAUUCAUUGCAAAGCCUUUUCUUUCUCAAACAGUUGGGUUUAUGCUGUCUAUUUCAACGUCAAGCCAUCACUAGGAUUCAAUAUCCUUUUAUUUUUCAUAUUUUUGCACAUUCUUAUCAGAAUUUAGCAGCAGUCCAUGGAAGUCUUGGUUAUUUAUGCGUGUAUAUUUUUUUCAAGUCAAAAUAAAAGCUACUGUUCUAGAAUUUUAUUCCUAGUUCUACUUUCCCAUGAUAUAUUUAUUCUUUUUGUAGAGAUUGAUUGUCCUGGAUAGAGUUCAUUUUGCAGAAGUUGAAGGGUAAAGAGUUUAAACUGUGAAUUUUAGUGGCAGCAGAAGCACAACAUGUUAAUUAUAUGCUGUUAUGCAGAUUUCAAGCCUCAAAGCAAAAGUGACUUGUUCUUGUAGGGUUCAGGCUACAAAUUACUCAAUUACAUGCUUCACUUAAAGGUGGGUGGAUGGUCCUUUUUGACUUGGAGUUUGGUUAACAGUUCACAUGCAACUAAAUCAUAGUUGGGAAUUUAAAUCUUUUGUGGAGGCUUUAUAGGAUGAGCAGGGUUAUAUUUAUAAACUUAACUUUUUGUUUAUAAACUAUACUAUGUACUACGGAUAGUAUAUUAGUAUAUACUACUUGUAAUACAUAGUAUAGUUUGUAAGAGUAGUACAUACUACUUGAGUAUGUACUAUUCGUAGUACAUAAUGUAAUUUAUAAACAAAAAAUUUGUAAUUAUAACCUGCCCCUUAUAAGAUUCAGGAUUUCUGUGGCUGAAGAUACAUGUAUUUUAUGUGUUGCUCACUGAUUCUAGUACUUGC